CGUCAGUUGUGUUGCGUCGUGACGUACCCGGAAGUGUCCCGACCAGCAGCAGCAGCUAACAGCUAACAGCUAAACAACAGCAGGCUGAAGCUCUGAACUGACAGACAGGUGAACAGACAGACAGACAGACAGGUGUGCUGUGUGUCUGUGGAUGGAAGUGGGGAGCUCAGCGAUGGGACCAGAGAGAGUCUUACCGAACUCUGAGGACGAGCUGGGGGAGGAGGAGCGUCCGGCCGACGGAAACCUGCUGCCGGUGUGGAGUGGGAGUGAGGGAGGGGGUGAAGAUGAGGAGGGGGGAGAGAUGGAGCUGGACGGAGAGGAAGAGGAAGGGGAGGAGGUGAACAGUGGAGGAUAUUACUACCAGCCUCUGAACCAGGAACCUGAUGGGAUGAACAACGGCGAGCAGCCGGGUGGGGAAGAGCAACCGGAGGAGGACGACGCCUCCCACGGCGAGCAGCUGCAGCAGGUGCAGAACAGGAUACAGGUGAUGGGUCUGCACCUCCCUGAAGCCCCGCCUCCAGACAGUGAAGAAGAAGAGGAAGACCCUGAGGGGGCGGCGGCCCUGAGGAGCCGAGUCUCCAUCCCCAUGGACGAAGACCACGUGGAGCUGGUGAAGAGGACGAUGGCGGCCGUGGCGUUGCCGUCUCUCGGCGUGCCGUCGUGGGCCAGAGAGAUCUCAGACGACCAGUGGAAGGACAUGGUCCAGAACACACUGGAGAGCCGGCAGAGCACCGCCGCCCUGCGUCUGCCUCGCAGAAACAACAUCAACGGACCCUGAACGGACCACGACUACUUCAACAGCCUUUACUGAUCCUGAACGCACCACGACCGCUUCAACAACCUCUACUGACCUUAAACGCACCACAACAACAACUGCUACUGGCCCUUAAUGCACCACGACCGCUUCAACAACAUCAACGGUCCCUGAUCGCACCACCACAACCUUAACAACCUGUACUGACCCUGAACGCACCACGACCACCUUCAACUGACCCUGAAUGCACCACGACCACUUCAACAACUUCUACUGACUCUGAAUGCAUCAACGGACCCGGAAAGCACCACAGCGGCUUCAACAGACCCUUAACGCACCGCCGCAACUUCAGCAACUUCUACUGACCCUGAAAGCACCACAACCACUUAACUUGUACUGACCCGGAACGCACCACCGCUUCGACCUGUACUGACCCUGAAUGCAUCACCACCGCUUCAACAACUUCUACUUACCCUGAACGCACCACCACAGCUUCAACAACUUGUAAUGACCCUGAAAGCACCACAACCACUUAACUUGUACUGACCCUUAACGCACCACCGCAGCUUCAACAGACCCUGAACACACCACCGUUUCAACCUCUCCUGACCCUGAAAGCACCACGACCCCUUCAGGGUCACUGGCAGAGGAUAAAGGUGACUUUAUAAAUAGUUUUUUCUUUAAGAUUCAACUUGAAGCUGCUGAGACUGAAUGUUUUCUCCGUCGGGAGAUGUUCGUACCGUGAGACAUGGCGGGUUUGUUCUGGAAAUUUAUGGUUGUAGUUUAUUUAGAAGCUGAUUCCAGUAUUUUUAGACUCAGUCCAUCAUUUAUUUGAACUACUUUAAAGUCGAUUAUUAAAGGAUUCAAUAUUUCUCCUUCACAGUUAAAUUGGUGGCAGUGAGUC